AUGGUAAAAAUUUAUGUUGAAUAUUUAAGCAAAUGGAAGAAAAAGAACCAUUAAAGAGUCUUGAAAAUUGCAAAAGUCAUCCGCUUUUUAAUUUUUUAAUGUUGUUAAAGCAUAAAAUUUAAAACUACUUCGACAUGAAAUAAAUUAUGAUUGAAUAUAAGACUUUUAUUAUUAAUUAAGCUAAGUUUCUUGGAAUAAUUAUAGAGGAGGAUAUUUUCAUGAUUUGGAUUUAAAAGAGAUAAGUCAGCAAAUUUCAAAAAGUUAGGAUUUUCAUGGGAUUACUUUAAGUAAUUUGA